AUGAAAAUUGCUGCCGAGCCUGAGUCCAGUUCGUCCGCUUUGAACACAGAAAAAGGCGCAGGUGGAGAGGUCAAAAGACUUCAUCAAAUCCCGCGCCCCACUGAUAAAGUGUUAGAGCGGAGAUGGCUUCUUGAGCAGAUGGCGGGUGCCUUUCGCAUCUUUGCAAAAUUAGGAUUCUCAGAUGGAAGCAGUGGACAUAUCAGUCUGCGAGAUCCAAUCGAGCCACACACUUUUUGGAUCAACCCGUACGGAGUACAUUUUGCCCUCCUCAAGGUCUCCGACAUGGUGCGCGUAGAUGAGAAAGGAAAUAGAGUCGCGGGUGCGGACAAGCCCGUCAAUGCAGCCGGCUUCAUUAUUCACUCGGCAAUCCAUCAAAAAAGACCCGAUAUCCAUGCGGCAUGCCAUAUGCACAGUCCAUACGGUAGAGCGUGGAGCACCUUUGGUCGAGGAAUUGAUAUGCUCAAUCAAGAUUCUUGCAUGUUUUACGAUGAUCUUUCAGUCUACCCAGCCUUUGGUGGUGUUGUAUUUGCACAAGAAGAGGGUGAGCGUCUUGCAGAGUAUCUCGGUCCAAAGAACAAAAACCUGAUCAUGCAAAAUCACGGGCUUCUCACCGCGGGAGGUACAGUCGCAGAAGCAGCAGCCUUCUUCAUUGCUCUGGAAAGAGCAUGCCAUACUCAGAUUCUAGUGGAGUCUUCAACGGCGCAUGGGUCGAUUGGAGCCAGUGAGGGUUUUUUGAAGAAGACUCUAGUCGCCGAUGAUGUUGCGCUCUACACUAAGAAAGGGACCGGUACACCUGAGGCCAUGUACAUGCAGUUUGAGCCGGAAUUUCAGUUGGUCUUACAUGAAUCGAGGGACUUUCUCGGUUGA